CUCCAGUCUCGCAACCAUUCCUCGUCUGCCCUCACUCUUGUAAACACAGACGUUACAAAACCCACUGAAGUUAUAAAACCCAUUUCCUUAACGCGUUUUUGUUGGAGCAGCUCCCGCGCACGUGACUGUACUCCGUUCUCGUACACACACUUGAAGUGACCGUGUGUAGAAAACAGCUGCUGCUGAUGAUGGCGACGGAGAACCGGAGAGAUUUCCUUCUCGUUUUCUCAGCCGCAGUCUUCUUGGGACUCCUAUCCAUAACAUUUGUGCUGAUUUGGGUUCUUCAAUACAGGGAAGGCUUAGGAUGGGAUGGAGCAUUGGCCGAGUUCAACUGGCACCCGGUGUUAAUAAUCACCGGGUUUAUUUUCUUGCAUGGAAUAGCCAUCGUUGUCUACAGGCUUCCUUGGACCUGGCAGUGCAGCAAAUUAACGAUGAAGUUCAUUCACGCUGGCUUGCACUUAGUGGCCUUCAUUUGUGCCGUUAUAGCCAUGGUGGCGGUUUUUGACUUCCACAAUGGGGCGAAAAUACCAAACAUGUACAGUCUGCACAGCUGGUUGGGCCUGAUAGCUCUGAUACUGUACAGUCUACAGCUUGUUCUUGGAGUUGGAAUGUUCUUAAUACCAAUCACUCCUGUAACCUGGAGAGCAGCGUUCAUGCCCCUCCAUGUCUUUGGUGGUUUAUUGCUCUUUGGCAGUGUUAUAGCUGUGGCACUCAUGGGCAUCACGGAGAAACUCAUUUUUGGCCUGAAUAACCCAAAAUAUAAGGACUUGCCACCAGAGGCAAUUUUUACCAAUGUUCUGGGACUCCUACUGGUGGUGUUUGGAAUUCUGAUCGUGUGGAUUGCAACUCGUCCAUCUUGGAAACGUCCCAGUGACCAGAUCUUGCAUACUCUGCAUACCAAUGGGGGAGGUGAGGACAACACCAAAGUCGGUCCAGCCCUGGCUCAGCUGUCUGAUGGAGCUGAUGCCGAGCCCUCUGCGGAUGUUAGGAGGAGGAUAAACAAAUUUGAUGAUCAGACUAACUGAUUACAGAAUAAGUGAGGCUGGAGUGGUAUGUCACAGAGAGUGUGCUGACCUUCCUACAUAUUUUAAUCUACUGGAAAUGUGAGGUUAUGCUUGCUUUCUCAAACAUUUGUUUUGCAAGUGCACGUAAAUAGCAAUGUGCUAGUGGGCUGCUUUAUACGAGAUAUCAUUGUUAAUGUGGGGUUGGCUUUUGUUGUCAUACACUGUACAUAUAGUCACAACACGUUUUCUAUGCUUUAACUUUUUUGUAUUAUGAAAUCUUUGGAUCUUGAGAACCUACACACUUCACAAUAAAUAAAUAUUUCUAAUCA